GCGGGACCCCGAGCUCCGCGGUGCGACCCCGGGAGCCGUCGGCGGGGCGGGCGGGAUGGCCCAGGAGAGCCUGCUGGGCAUGGACGAGGGGGCGCUGAGGAAGCUGCUGGAGGCAACGCUGGACCUUGCUGAGCGGCGCCGCAUCCGCUCGGCCAUCAGGGAGCUGCAGCGACAGGAGCUGGAGAGGGACGAGGAGGCACUGGCAUCCAAGCGCUUCCGCCCCGAGCGUGGCAGCCACCGGCAGGACAACAAGGAGAAUUGGCUGCGGUCCCAGCAGCUGGAGGAAGAGCAGCAGAAGGCUCUGGCUUCCCUGUCCCGAGAACUUGAAUCGAUCACCGAUGUGGAAGAGCUGACAAAGCUGCUGCGAGCAGCCAGUGAAUACGAGGAGCGCAAGCUCAUCCGGGCUGCCAUCCGCAAGCUGCGGGCUGAGGAAAUUGAAGCUGCAACCCUGGCUGGUAAUGUGCAGAGCAACCGGAGGCAUGGCACCGAGUCCCCAGCUGUGCCUGCAGAAGGCAGCCAGAAGGAUGAUGCUGAAGCGCCAGCUCUGUCUGGGAACGGGAAGAGCAGCCAGAGAGGAGACUCUGAGCUUCCAGCUGCAGUGAGGAGUGUGGACAACAGCUGUCGGGGCAGCACUGAGUCCCUGGCUGUAGCCAGGAGUGCGGAGAACAGCCAGAGGGGUGAUGCUGAGCAGCCGGUGCUGGCUGGGACAGAGGAGAGCGGCCAUGGUAGCGAUGCAGACCAGCUGCCUGCUGAGGAGCCUGAACGUUCUGUGGCCCAUGAGCAAGAUGCAUCAGUGGAGCAGGAGCAUGCCCAAACUGAGACACGGGAGCUGAACAGCCAGCAGCUGAGAGGGCCACAGAAACCCAGUGCCCAGGGCACAGCCUCGGGAACCCUGGUGAUCCUAGACCUGCACCCAGCACUGGAACCUGCUCCAGCACCGGAGCCUACCCCAGCCCUAAAGCCUGAAGAUGAUGCCACGGAGCCGGAGCAGGUCCAGCCAUGCACUAAGCCUGUGUCUGAGUGUGAACUGCAGUACCAGGCCUCCUGGAAAGACAAGAGCCCCAGCAGCCCCUCUGCCAUGCAGGAACCCCACACCGAACAGCUAGAAACCCCAUGCAGCACGGGGCAAAGCCGCCAGGCAGAGCAGCAUCCCCAGCAUCAGCCCUGUGCUGUCAGCCAAGGCAACCAGUUUGUCGUCUGUGUGCGAAGCCAGGCAUCAGGGAAGGCUGUGAAGCUGGAGGAGAAGCGAGCGGCGCCCUCCCAGGAUACAGCGAAGACCCCGGCUCGCCUGAACACUCACCGCUGGGAGCAAACACCGUCCUCCCCGUGCCCGGCUGGCCGCGUGGAGCCGAGCCCCGACGUGCAGCGCUCCUCCUCGGUGCGGGACCGUGCCCAGCGCUUCGCCCCUGCGGCCCCGGCGGCGGCGGGCGGCCCCGAGGGGGCGGGCGGCUCGGGGGGGCGGGCCGGGCCCGGCCAAUGGCAGCGGGGACCGCGCUCGGCCCCGUCGGGGCCCGCUCAAAACUCGCGGGGCGGAGGCGGAGGCGCAGAGCAGAGCCCGGCCCGGCCGCCCGCAGGCCCCCGCCCCGUCGGCUCCUCCGGUGCCCACGACGGCAUGAAGACCUACUUCACCAUCGAGAUCAAGGAUGGGCGCGUGCAGCCCCUCACGCAGUCCCUCACGCCCCGCGUCGUGGCCGCCCCCGGCAGCCAGCGGGCAGAGCUUACCCUGGGGCUUAGGAGCACCCCCAUCCGCAUCACCACCAUCCCCAGCAGCAGCAGCAUCUGCAGCAUCAGCAGCAAUGUCAUCAAGGACCCUUGCGCUCACUUUGAGGCCACCGAGGAGCCCGGCAGCCCCGUGGCCCAUCCACCCACUUUCUCCAGCACACGCCAGCAGUCGUCUGUGCACCUCUCCCGGAGCAACAGCUUUAUGGAACCAGAGCUGGUGGAGCAGCCCCAGGCACCAAGGGUGGAGCCAGAGCUGCCCAACGGCAUGGAGAAGGUCCAAGUGAAGGAGGUGGAAAAAAGGACCAAGCUAAACGUUGAGGAGCUGAACAGGAUUGAGGAUGAGGAUGUUCUGGAUAAAAUGCUGGAUCAGACGACAGACUUUGAGGAGCGACGACUGAUCCGUAAUGCCAUGCGGGAGCUGCGUCAGCGCAAGCGAGACCAGCGGGAGAAGGAGCGGGACCAGAGGCUGCAGGAGAUGAAGAACCAGGCUACAGCAGGCAGGGCCGGCCACACCACCGAGACCACUACCACGCAGAGCUCCCAGUCGGCCGAUGGCUCAGCCCGCAGCACUGUCACCAAAACAGAACGCCUCAUCCAGUCUAAUGAUGGCACCAAGACUUCCCGUACAACAACCAUGGAGUCGAGUUAUGUGAAGAGAACAGACAAUGGCAGCAGCACAUUUGUUCAAACCAAAUCAUCCUACAGCUCCUCUUCCAAGAAGACAGGCAGCAUCUUUGACCGGGAAGAUGAGAGUGCCUCAAGGCAGAGCAGUCUGGCGGCCCUGGAGCGGCGCCAGGCUGAGAAGAAGAAGGAGCUGAUGAAAGCUCAGAGCCUGCCCAAGACAUCCGCCUCACAGGCUCGUAAGGCCAUGAUUGAGAAGCUGCAGAAGGAGGGUGGAAGCUCUCCAAACCCUGCGGCAGCACGCACAGCUGUGCAGCGCUCCUCCAGCUUUGGUGUUCCCAAUGCCAGCAGCAUCAAGCAGAUGUUGCUGGAUUGGUGCAGAGCCAAGACCCGGGGCUAUGAGCAUGUGGACAUCCAGAACUUCUCAUCCAGCUGGAGCGAUGGCAUGGCCUUCUGUGCUUUGGUCCAUAACUUCUUUCCAGAGGCUUUUGACUACAGCCAACUCACACCCCAGAAUCGCCGUCACAACUUCGAGGUGGCCUUCUCCUCUGCAGAGAUGCUGGCAGACUGCGUGCCCCUGGUGGAGGUGGAAGACAUGAUGAUCAUGGGGAAGAAGCCAGACCCCAAGUGCGUCUUCACCUAUGUGCAGUCCCUCUACAACCACCUGCGUCGCCACGAGUUGCGCAUGCGGCAGAAAGAGUGCUAGAGCCUGCCCUGGCCUGCAGCUGCCCGACACCUCACUGCCCCCUCCCCGCAGGGACGCCGGUGUGCGGAGGAGCUGCUGCUCCGCGGAGAGGCUGGCGGGAGGGCCUGGAGAGGCUGUGGGGCUGGCGCUGGGGAAGGGGGGACUCUGUCACUUGGGUCACCCCCUGCUUUGGCCUUGCUGGAGCUCCUCGGUCAGCCCCCUGCCCUGGCUGGCUGCCAGCCGGCUGAAUGCAUGGGCAGGGCAGGACAGUGCCAGGUGGAUGCUGCCCAGGAUGCCACCCUCCCUGCAGCCAGCUUGGCUCUCCUCCCCCCCCGCCAUGCUCUAGCAUAUUAAGUUAUUCAUUUUCAGUGAAUUGUUUGUAUGUGGGCAGUGCCCCUGUUUCCCAGGGAGGCUGGGGCAUGGUCAUGCCCUCGGGCCCUGAGCCAGCAUGGGUCCGCAUAAGUGCAGCUCAGCCCGCGGACCCCCAGGAACCAGGGCCCUGGUGGGCACUGCUGGUUUUGGUACAUCCAUGAGGCAGAGCACCUUGGUCUCCAGGCAGCCCGAGAGCGGUUUUCCUGGCCCCCCUGCAAGGAAGCCAGCCUCUCUGCCCACCACAGUCCCUGCUUGGUGCCACCUCUCUGGGAUGGCCCCGUGCUGACACCCUGCUUCCCACUGCACUCACGUGCCCAGGGCACUUCCACGGCAGGGACCUGCAGCACCCACGUGCUGGGGAGCUGGAGGGGAGCAGGGAGGGCGCGAGGGGCCAGGGCCAGGGUCUAGGCAGCCCCCGUGCUCCUCCCCAGCUCUGGGCAUGUUGUGCUCAGUGCCACUCACCCCUUCAUCACCGUCUACACCUGCGUUGACACGUGUACCAACACCAGCCAGACAAUAAAGAUUUAUUCUAUAGGG